UUUGACCACGACUGUAAGUCCUGCAAAUGUGAAAUGAAACCAUGGAGGCAUGGCGGAGAUAUUUAUAAAACAAUCUUGCCUUCGUACGUCCUCCGAACGUUUUUACUCAAUGAGCUUUGUGCAAAUUCGCCAUUGUAGUCUGACUUUGUACUCAGUAAGUUCCUUCUUUUUCCUCUAUUCUCUUGUUGUGGGGCAGACUGGCUUGUAGAUGCACAUGCAUCCUCCGCUGUUGCCAUUUCUAAUACAAAGUAGCGUAUAGUUCUAACUUAUGCCUGUCAGUAGACACGCUAUAAAAACUACAACAUGGCUGACGGGGAGAAGACACAGUCGAAGUGGAGGCACGUAAAUAAGAGUGUCCACAAAGCGAUCUGAAAGCGGCUCGAAUAUUGUCUUUAAAACGUAAUCUAUGCAACAAUUGAACCAAAUAACCACCAUUACUUUUUAUGGAGACUACAAGGAAGUCUUUUAAAUGUAGAAAAACAAAAUACAAUAUGAUUCCUUUUUAUGGUGUCACUGCUGGCGUUAACAUACUUUUUUUGUCUUUUUACGCAUUAAAAUCAGAAAGGACGUCCCGGGGACGAGGAAUUUUAUUUUUUUACCGACCCUGCCUUCUCCGCGGUUUUAUUGGUCGUCUUCAAAGUAAUGAACUUUCCGGUACAAUUUCUUAAAUUUUGAUUCGCCGAAAGGUUUAUAAAUCACAAAUACUGCCUCAGGUUGCAUUUGGACAACUCGGACAAAAGAAAGACUUCAUGGUAAACACUAAGACGACGUCCCGUAUUCUGUGGGCCCUCCUCCGCCAGUAUCUAGGUUGUGGACUUCGGUGCUUACGCUUGCGCGGUUUGCUCCUCUCCGUCCGAGGAGGGACGUUCCUCUCCGAAGCUUGGCUCAAAGCUUUGUCCACCAGGUGCCCUCGUCUGGGCAGGCUCUACCUUCUGCACGCAGACCUGAGAAGCCUGCCCAGUUGCCAGCUCCUGCCUCCGUCCCUAAAAGUGCUGGAGUUGCGAGGCUGCGAGCUGCCUCAUGGAUUCUUCAACCAGGACCUUCCCACGCUGUCCCCAGCGUGCGCUGGAGCCACCUCCAGUGCCAAACAGAAGGAACGUCCCGCCCCGUCAGGGAUUUCUAUCGAAUCCUUAAUCCUUAAUAACGUCCCUUCCUUUAAAGACCAUCACCUGCAGAGUCUGACGUCGUGGCAGAGGCUCAGCCGUCUGGAGUUGUGCGACACGUUUCGUGUGACCGCCAACGGGCUCAGGAGCUGUGCCGCCAAGGACGGGACCUGCGGCGUGGAAGGGCUAUUCCGGCUGAAGUCUCUGGAAAUAAGCAUCACGAUACGGCAGGGCUACCAGCUGCAAAUGGCUUCCUUCGGACUCGGGGCGGGAUGGCUGGGACUGGAGGAGCUUAGCCUGGGCGGAAAGGAGGUGGCACACGGCUUGCUCUGCGUUAGCCGCCUGAAGGACCUGAAGCGCCUCUACCUGAAGGCCUGCACCAUCAGAGAGAUGCAGAUUGUGCGGAGCUGCAGAAUGCUGCGUGACCUGGCCGGGCUCCACAGGCUGGAGUUUUUGGACGUGGUCUUUCAGCUGCGGCUGUGCCCCCCCGAGGGAGAGGGCGAGGAGGAGCAGGAGGGAGAGGGAAUGCCUGCCGGCGGAGACAACGUCAACAGCGAGGGCAAACCAGAUGAACCGAUUUCUAAACUGCAUCGCACCUUGGCCGUCCUGCUGCCGUGCUGCACGCUCACUUACAGCAAUUGCUCGGUUCGGUACAAUGAACCCUGAGUGAAUGCAUCCUCCAUGACAGCACGACACCACCAGCCAAAGUUUUUACACAAAGCAAAUGUUUGAUUUGAUCUUCCAGUAUUGGCUACCUGGAAAACACAGGUACCACAUUAUUAGCAACACUUACAUAAGAAAUGGGAACAUUAGUUGACUUAACAUACUUCCUACUGUCAUGGACAUGUUUGUUGAUCUAUGCCUAUUUUAACUCAGGUGUAUUUUUUGGGCUGACUGAACAACUUGACAUUUUUUAUAUACAAUACAGUCUGUGACACUUUUAAAUGACAGGCAUUUCUUCUUUUUUUGUCAACAUUCAUUGUAGACAUGCAAACUAUAUAAAUAAUGCAAGAAAUGUUGAUUGUAAAUAUACUGUCUACAAUAA